AUGGGGGGACUGACGGCGUUUGUGCUCUUACUUGCGGCGACCUUGACGCUCUCAUCCGAGGUGCCUGCUGAUGACUCUGUGGGUUUGCUGACUGAGCCGCAGGUGGCCAUGAUCUGCGGUAAGCUUAACAUGCACAUCAAUGUGCAGAGUGGCAACUGGGAGCCAGACCCCUCCGGGUCCAAGAGCUGCGUGGGCACCAAGGAGGGCAUCCUAAAUUACUGCCAAGAAGUAUAUCCAGAACUUCAGAUCACUAAUGUGGUGGAGGCCAACCAGCCUGUCAGCAUCCCAAACUGGUGCAAGAAAGGGCGCAAGCAGUGCCGCAGUCACAAUCAUAUAGUGGUGCCCUACCGCUGCUUGGUGGGGGAAUUUGUAAGCGAUGCACUGCUGGUUCCUGACAAGUGUAAAUUCUUGCACAAGGAGUAUAUGGACCAGUGUGAAAGCCAUCUGCACUGGCAUGGUGUCGCCAAAGAGUUCUGCAGCGAUCGUGCCACCAGCCUCCAUGACUACGGACUGCUGAUGCCCUGUGGUAUUGACCUUUUUCGAGGGGUGGAGUUUGUGUGCUGCCCGAUGGACGCCGAGCAAGAUUCCGAUAGCGCAGCACUUGAUGGCGAAGAGUCAGACGUCUGGUGGGGCGGCGCUGAACCUGACAACAAAGAAAACAGCAUGGCAGAACAGUCAGACACAGAGCCCGCUGAGGAGGAGGAUGAUGAGGAUGACGACGAAGAAGCCGACACCUUUGAAAGGGACGAGAAUGAUGAGGACAAUGAGGAAGAUGACGACAUGGCCAUUGAUGGGGAUAGCGAGGAGCGCAACGCUAACGUAGCCAUGACAACCACCACCACUACUGAAUCCAUUGAAGAGGUUGUCCGAGCCGCAUGUUGGGCACCCGCCAAAUCAGGCCCGUGUCAUGACAUGCUGGAGCGCUGGUACUUCGUGCCUGAAAAGGCACGCUGUGCCCCCUUCCUGUUUGGGGGCUGCGGGGGCAACAGGAAUAACUUUGAUUCCGAGGAAUACUGCCUCGCUGUCUGCAGCAGCUCGUUGCCCACCAUGUCGCCCAGCCCCCCAGACGCCGUGGACCAAUACCUGGAGUCCCCCGGCGAUGACAACGAGCACGGCGACUUCCAGAGGGCCAAGGAAAGUCUGGAGGCCAAGCACAGAGAAAAGCUGUCUCAGGUGAUGAAGGAAUGGGAGGAGGCUGAGAGGGAAGCCAAGAACCUCCCACGUGCUGAUAAGAAAGCUGUCAUUCAGCGCUUCCAGGAAAUAGUGGAAGCCCUGGAGCAGGAGGCCGCUGGUGAGAGACAGCAGCUGGUUGAAACCCACAUGGCCCGCGUGGAGGCUCUGCUCAACAGCCGCCGACGCGUGGCUUUGGAAAACUACCUCAACGCGCUGCAGGCCAACCCUCCGCGGCCACGGCAGGUACUGAGUCUGCUGAAAAAAUAUGUUCGGGCCGAGCAGAAGGACCGCCAGCACACAGUCAAACAUUACGAGCACGUUCGAACUGUCGACCCCAAAAAAGCGGCGCAGAUUCGGCCUCAGGUUUUGACCCAUUUACGCGUGAUCGACGAAAGGAUGAACCAGUCCGUAGGUUUGCUCUACAAGGUUCCCAACGUAGCCAACGACAUCCACAGCCAAGUCUCUGUCAUCGUUCAGCGAGUUCAGGCCGAGCUGUCUCAGCAAGUGUCGUCCCUGCAGAGCGACAGCAGGGCGGAUGGCAGGGUAAGCUACGGCAACGACGCCCUCAUGCCUGAUCAGGCGUACAGUUUUGCUCCGAUGGAACCAGGCCUGGACGGGCUGGGUUUCAUUCACCCCGAGAGCUUCAAUCAACCCAACACAGAGAACCACGUGGAACCUGUGGAUGCCCGCCCACUUCCAGAUAGAGGACUACCUACACGGCCUGUGUCUGCCUUGAAGCCAGAGGAGAUGCCCCACGUGCGCAUGGAGACUGAUAAGAGGCAAAGUACUGGCUAUGAAGUUCACCAUCAAAAACUGGUCUUUUUCGCCGAAGACGCGGGCUCCAACAAAGGCGCCAUCAUCGGGUUGAUGGUGGGAGGCGUCGUCAUAGCGACCGUCAUCGUCAUCACCCUGGUCAUGCUGAGAAAGAAGCAAUAUACCUCUAUCCACCACGGUGUCAUUGAGGUGGAUGCAGCGGUGACCCCCGAGGAGCGUCACCUGGCCAAGAUGCAGCAGAACGGCUACGAGAAUCCUACCUACAAAUUCUUUGAGCAGAUUCACAACUAA